AUGUCCCUCGGCGGCGGCGGCCCUGCAGGCGGGAAAGGCGUGGACCCCAACGCGGUGGACGCGUACGACAGCGGCGAUGAGUGGGACAUCGGCGUGGGCAAUCUGAUCAUUGACCUGGACGCCGACCUGGAGAAGGACAAACUGGAGAUGUCGGGCAGCAAGGAGGGCGCCGCCGCCCCGCCGGGGGCCGUGGCCGCUCUGCCAGACAACAUCAAGUUCGUCAGCCCUGUCCAGGCCAAAGAGGGCAAAUCCAAAUCCAAGCGGAGCAAGAACUCCAAAGACGGCCUCAAGGCAGCGGCGCCGCCCCCUGACGCCCCUAAAAAGGACGCCGCCGCCCAGAACCUCAACUCGGCCCCUGCCAAAGGCGGCGGCGACAAGUCCGGCAAAGCUUCGCGCGUCCCGGCCGCCGUCAAGAAGGACAAGGACGGCGCGCCGGCCAAGACCAAGAAGGACAAAACGGAGGCGGACAAGGAGACGCCGCCCCGCUUUGAGGGCCAGCAGAACUCUGAGGGCGCCGCCGAGCACCUCGCUCACGUGGCUCUGGAAUCGGCGGGCGGGGGCCGGCCCGUCGCCGUGGCCACCGAGGAGGAGGAAGACGAGGAUGAGGACAUGGACAACGGGGAAUGUCGCAACCUUAAGAAGAUAUUGUGUGGGGACAAGAUGGAGUCCCCCGGCUCCACGCCGGCGCCCCUGUCGUCCGGCGACAUUUCGUCAGCGUGCGAGCAGAUCAUGGUGCGCACGCGCUCGGUGGCCGUCAACACGGCCGACGCCGCGCAGGCCACCGAGCCAGAGUGCCUGGGACCCUGCGAGCCCGGGACCAGCGUCAACCUGGAGGGCAUCGUCUGGCAGGAGACCGAAGACGGCAUGCUGGUGGUUAACGUGACGUGGAGGAACAAGACGUACGUGGGAACCCUGUUGGACUGCACCAGGCACGACUGGGCGCCGCCGAGGUUCUGCGAUUCUCCUACCAGCGACGUGGAGAUGCGAGGCGGGCGAGGGCGCGGUAAGCGCAUCCGCCCCGCCGGUGGCGGGGGCGUGCCGACCGCCGACAACGGCGCCUCCUCGGACAGCAAGGGCGGCGGCAAGACCCGCGGGGGCGGCGCCAAUGGCAAGGGUCGGCGCGGCAGCCAGACGGGCGCCACCGUCGUCGCCGAGGACGCCAAGGCCAGCCCCUCCUCGGCCAAGAGGAAGAGCAAGCCCGCCUCCGACAUGGAGCCCACGUCCAGCUCGGAGGACAGCAAGGCGUCCAAACGCAUGCGCAGCAACUCCACGGGCGCCGCCCACACCCCGCCGGAGCGCUCCUGCCCCUCUCCCGUGCUCAUCGACUGCCCCCACCCCAACUGCAACAAGAAGUACAAGCACGUCAACGGUCUGAAGUACCACCAGGCGCGCGCCCAUCACGAGCACGACGCCGACAAGUACCCGCCGGCUCCCGGCCACCACGAGCACGACGCCGACAGCGAGUAUGGCGAAGAGGUCGGGCCCCACCCCGACGCCUCCUCCUGCAACGGCACAGUCGCCGCCGUCUCCCCAGCCCGCUCGACCACGCCUAAAGGGCGGGUCUCGGACGCCCCCUCGCCGGCACUCAAGCACAGCAAGAAGCACGAGCCGGACGCCACGGACGGCGAGUGCUUGACGGACGAGGCCAGUAACGACGGCGCAGACGACAGGAAGGCCAAAAAGACGGGCGGGAAAACGGACAAAAUGGCCCCCAAGGGCGCCAAGCCCGCUCGGCCGCCGGCGCCCGCUCCUUGUUACCUUCCGCAGGCCAGCUCCCCCGCGCCGGCCCCGAAAAACGGGCAGUCGAAAAACACCGAGCCCACCCCCAAAGACAAGAAAAAGAAAGACAAGAAGAGGCGGGAGGGCGACAGCCCUAAGGGGCCGCGUCCGGAGGAGGGGUACGCGGAGGCGGGCGACGCCCUGCUCAACGGCUCCUCGGAAGCUCAGCAGAACCGCUUGGCCAGCAUAAAGGCGGCAGCUGACAAAGUCUACAGCUUCUCGGACAAUGCGCCCAGCCCCUCCCUGGGCGCCAGGGCGGAGGGCGCCCCGGGGCAGAACGGGGGUGACGGCGCAUCCGUCCAGACCGGCAGCCCCGCCUACUCUGACAUCUCCGACGCGGGCGAGGACGGCGGCGAAGGCAAGGCGCCCAAAGCGGAGUCUGACUCCAAGAAGGCGCUCUUCUCCCCUCGGGUGCCGCCCGCCAAGGACGCCCCCUACUACCCCAACUACGAGUCCUACUACCCGGGCGACUACGCCGAGAGUGAGGCCAGGGUUGAGAAGGAGAAAGAGGAGGAGGAGCCCGAGGCGGUCGGGGAGGCGGAGCCUAAAGCCGAGCCCCGGGAGGAGCCGGAGUCGGAGCCCGGUCCCCCGCAGCCGUCGGUCAUCCAGCAGCGCCCCAACGUCUACGCCCCCCCGCCCCUCUACUACAACCAGUACUACGGCCAGCCCUACUCGUACUCGCCCGAACAGGCCUACCACAGCCACCUGCUGGCCUCUAGCCCCGCCUACCGGCAGCAGUGCGAGGAACGGCAGAGGCCGGCGGCCGACAAAAAGGCGGAAGGCAAGGCGCCGGGGCCGCCCGCCCUCACGCCGGGCCCCGGCAAGCCCAAGGAGGUGGGCCCGGAGCAGGCCAAGUCGGUCAUCAUGGUGAAGAGCGAGGAGCCCAAGGCUGCCGCUCCCCCGCCCGAGGGACUUAAGAUGAAGUUGAGCGAAGCGGGGCACCAUGGCAAGGACGCCGCCGCCGUGUGGUACAGACAGGAGCCCGACUCCCGUCUGUGGCCCUCGUACGUGUAUCCCGGCAAGUACUCUGAAGACGAGCGCGAGAGGAAGUGGAAGGAGGAGCGUCCGCGGCCCAAGGAGGCGCCGCCUCAGAAGGAGGAGGCCAAGGAGGCCGCCCCGGAGGAGCCGUCCCGGGGCGCCAAGGAGGCGCGGCCACCUCACGUGCAGUUUUCCUCGCCUCUGGCGCAGCACCAGGGCUACGUUCCCUACGUGCAUGGACCCUACGCCUAUGGGCAGGCCUACGAGCCCGGGCACCCCCCCGGGCACCCCCCCGGGCACCCCGGCUACAGGGGCGUGCCGUCCGUCAUGAUGCAGAAUUACCCCGGUUCCUACCUCCCCACCGGUUACUCCUUCUCGCCGUACGCCGGCAAAGCGGCGGCGGCGGGUGCAGAGGAGGGCGAAAAGGCGGCGGUGGCGCGUUCAAGUCCAACGGUAAAGGGGGCGGCAGGCGAGGCCAAAGCGCUGGAGCUCCUGCAGCAGCACGCCAGCCACUACAAGAGCAAGUCGCCCUCCGGGCCUCCCGACAAGGAGCGGGACGGCGAGCGCCCCCCGCGGUCCUCGCCGUCCCAGCGCGCCGGUGGUGCCGGGCCCCCCGCCGCUCACCACCAUCAUCACCACCACCACCUGGCCUACCCGCUGCUGGCCGCUGCACAGUACGACCUCUCAUACGCCGCUGGUCUGUCGUCGUCCGCGUUGGUGGCCGGUCAGCAGACGUCGGCGCCGUCCAUGUACCCGCCCCCGCGGAGGUGA